GUUUUGUCAACGAAAUGUCAAUUUAAUGUCAACUUAGAUCAAUCCGAACAAUUAUUAUUGUGCCCCAGUUUUUUGUAUAAAUAUCGAUUGAUUCAAUUCGCUUUGAUGCAUAUUCGUUCUGCUGAUUGAUUCUGCUGCUUGUGCACUCUGCUCACUCUAGUCACACUGCUCUCACUUGGCCGGUCGUUUACUUCAAAUAUGAAUCCUUGCGUGAAGUGCGAGUUAUUCACCGCGGUGUUCAUAUCGCUUGUGUGCCUUACGAUACAGUCGCCGCUGAUUGUGGGAACGACCCAGCCGGAGUAUCUUAUCACCCGGGACGAUAUUCAUGCAGUCUUAUCAAAGAUUAUCAAGCCCGAUGAUAGCAUUGCUCUUUUAUCGGACUUCGAUGGAACGUUGGGUAGAAUCUGUCCCAAUUCGGUAUUGACAGCGAUUGAACCAGCAGCAAAGGACGCCCUCGAACAAUUAGUCAAACGCUCAAAUACUUUCACCGGAAUAAUAUCUGGACGUCCGAUGGCUGAUGUACGAAAGAGAGUUGGUAUCGAUAAUUGCACAUACAGCGGAAAACAUGGCAUGGAAAUUGUAUUUACCAAUAAAACCGAAUUUCAUUAUCCAAUCACACCGGAACUGUAUGCAAAUUGCACGAAACUCAAGAGCAUCCUUAUGGCAAAGUAUGUAACGAACCGAGCUCCUGCAUGGGUUGAGGAUAAAAACAUUUCGCUCGUUUUCCAUUAUCGUUUGGUUCCGGAGCAUUUACAAGAAGCAAUGAUUGCCGAUGUGAGUAAGCUGGUGCGAAAAUUUGGAUAUAAUCCGGUGCCAGCCCAUGCCGCAAUUGAAAUCAAACCUCCAGUGGUGUGGUCAAAAGGUCAUGCGACGCUCUUAAUUCUUAACGAAAUCUACGGUAGUGGCUGGGAGAAGAAUAUUCGUGUCAUAUUUUUGGGAGACGACACCAGUGACGAAGAUGUCAUGAAAAUGCUAAAAGGAAAGGCAACCACCUUCCGUAUCACCGAUAAUCCGGGUCUCGAAACACAUGCCACCUAUAGAAUGCAAUCGGUUGACACGGCUGUCUUUGUGUUGGAUUGGCUUGUUAACAACACAAAUUAAGAUUAAGAUACACUUGGUUUAAGCCUUUAAGUCGUUCUAGAUUUUGAGAGGUUUCCGAAAAUACCAAACUGUAUUUAACCCUCUAAUGCAUUAAUUUUUCCAAGGGCUGGGAGUACUGGUACUUGGUUGAUUUUUGGCCAUAGAUAAUUAAAAAAAAUAUUCAUAAUCUUGGAUUCCUCAUGGUUUAGUCAGAAAAUGCGAUUGACAUAAAUCAUAGAACAAUAAAAUUGUUUAAAAGUGUCAAAAAUGUGUCGAAUUUAGAGUUCGAAUAAUUUAUUUUGUCAAAUUUUUGUUUU